CCCUCACCACCAUCUCUCUCUCAACCUCUUCCAAAUUCUACUUCUACCAAAGAUUUUUGAGUUUCUUUUUUCAAGAAUUUUGAUAGCAUCACCACCAUCAUGGAGGCCAUGGCCGAGGAAGUUAAGAAUGCGGCGCAGCAGAAAGAAGAAGUGGCGGCGGUCGCUGCAGAGGAAGUGGUGGUUGUCGCUGAUGUUCCUCAGGCUGAGAAGCCUGCGGCUGCUGUUGUUGUUGUAGAGAAAGAGCCACCACCCGUGCCGGAGAUGGAGGAGGCGGUGAAGCCGCCUCCGACGGAGGAGUUUGUUGAGUCUGAUGAGAAGAUUCCUCAAUCGGAUUCUUUCAAGGAGGAGAGCACCAGAGUUUCUGAUCUACCGGAGACGGAGAAGAAAGCUCUCGAAGAGCUGAAACAGCUUGUCCAAGAUGCCCUCAACUACCACCAGUUCACCGCCUUGCCGCCGCCACCACCGCCACCGAAAGAGGAAGAGCAAGCGCCCGUGGAGGUGGAGGAGAAGAGCCCGGAGGAAGAGAAGAAGCCCGAAACUACUCUGCCGGAGAUGAAGGAUGAAUCCCAACCGCAAGAGACUGUUUCAGUUGUAGCUGAAACAGUAGUGGUUGCGGAGGCAGUGGAGGAGAAGGUGGACGACGACGGUGCAAAGACGGUGGAAGCCAUAGAAGAGACUAUUGUGGCAGUGGUUGCGCCGCCGGCGGAACAGCCUCCUCCACCCCCAAAGGAGGCGGAGGAGGCUGCCGCACCACCUCAGGACACAAAACCUGAGGCUGCAAAUGCUGCUGCUCCUCCACCACCUCCGGAGGAGGUGUUCAUAUGGGGGAUAAAGCUAAUGGAAGACGAGAGAAGUGACGUAAUUCUCUUGAAGUUCCUCAGAGCCAGAGACUUCAAAGUCAAGGAGGCCUUCGCCAUGAUAAAAAACACAGUUCAGUGGAGGAAAGAGUUUGGAAUCGAUCAGUUGAUGGACGAGGAACUCGGAAAUGAUCUAGAGAAGGUGGUGUUCAUGCAUGGAUUCGACAAAGAGGGACACCCGGUGUGCUACAACGUAUAUGGAGGGUUCCAGAACAAGGAUCUUUACCAGAAAACAUUUUCCGACGAAGAGAAGCGGCAGAAGUUCUUGAGGUGGAGAAUUCAAUUCCUGGAAAAGAGCAUCCGGAAAUUGGAUUUCACACCCGGAGGCCUUUCCACCAUUGUCCAGGUUAAUGACCUGAAAAAUUCUCCGGGGCCUGGGAAGUGGGAGCUCAGACAAGCUACCAAACAGGCCCUCCAGUUACUCCAGGACAACUACCCUGAAUUCGUGGCUAAACAAAUCUUCAUCAAUGUCCCGUGGUGGUAUCUGGCAGUGAAUAGAAUGAUCAGCCCUUUUCUGACUCAGAGGACCAAAAGCAAGUUUGUCUUUGCUGGUCCUUCCAAAUCUGCAGAAACCCUUUUCAAAUAUAUAGCAGCGGAGCAAGUGCCGGUCAAGUAUGGAGGACUAAGCAAAGAGGGCGAAUUCGGGACAGCCGACGCAGUAACAGAGAUUACAGUGAAGCCUGCAACAAAACAAACUGUGGAGUUUCCAGUAAAUGAGACAUGCCUGCUAACAUGGGAGGUUCGCGUGGUGGGGUGGGAGGUGAGCUAUGGCGCAGAGUUUGUGCCAAGCGCGGAAGAAGGGUACACGGUGAUAAUCCAGAAGGCAAGAAAAAUGGCAGGGAAUGAAGAACCAGUGGUAUGCAACAGCUUCAAGAUUGGGGAGCCCGGAAAGGUGGUGAUCACCAUUGACAACCCCACCUCCAAGAAGAAGAAGCUCCUCUAUCGCUUGAAGACCAAGCUUUCUUCAGAUUGAGCAAUGAAUUCAAGAUUGGGGUUCUUUUGUUUUUCUUUUUGAAAUUUAAUUUUUGGUUAAUUUUCUUUGUUGGGAGCUAUAUAUAUAUAUAUAUUCAAGUAUAUGUUUAAUUUUAAUUGAUGGGGUCGUUUCCAUUUCUCUAUUUUAUCAUCUUUUUAACUGAAUAUGAAGUUGUGAUGGAAGAUUAAUAUUGGAUGUAUUUGAGUUUUUGAGGGAAUUAAGCCCCAAAAAAAUUGUAUGUAAAUUUUGUUGUCUGGGCAAUAUAUAUAUUUAUGGAUGUAUUUUGGGCACA